AUGGCCCUCAUCAUCAGACUCCAACAUCUACUAAGCCUCAUUCUUUGGCUCUUCCUCUUAUCCCUACUCUUCCAUGCCUGGUUUGGUUUCAAUUCCCACUAUCAUAACCAACCCCACUUCUCUCUCUAUCCAAAUAGAAAAAUCUUAGCAACUGCCCCAGCUUUUGACUUCACCCCAUUUCUCCACCACCACCACCACCACCACCGGCAUCAUCAUCGCCGUCACCACCACCGGAGUCACAUGCCAGACCCAAAGCUAACCGAGAUUGAUCCACGUUUUGGUGUUGAGAAACGCCUCGUUCCAACCGGUCCAAACCCAUUGCACCAUUGA